AUGAUUUUGCCCAAAGGAGUGCUGCAGAAAAUAAAUGCUAUUUGCCGAGCCUUUUUAUGGAAAGUAAAGUCCAAGUUCUUGGGGCCUGGCUUGGUUGGUUGGGAAACACUCUGUAAAUCAAAAAAGGAGGGUGGAUUGGGAUUUAGAAAUGUCCUAGAGUGGAAUAAAGAAGCGAUAGGGAAAUAUAUAUGGGCUGUGGCAACAAAACAGGACAAUCUUUGGAUCAAGUGGGUUCACCAUGUAUACUUGGGUACAGCUGACUGGUGGAGUUAUGAAGCUCCAUCAGCAAGUAGCUGGUACUGGAAGCAAAUUGUCAAUGUCAAAAAUAGCUUCAAACAGCUGGUGGAUACUCAGGAAUUUCAGUCUGAAGCAUACCAGAUAAAAAAAGGCUAUCGAUUUUUAUGUCCAAUACAGAGCAAGGUCAUAUGGCAUCAUCUGGUUUGGGAUAACACAGCGCCAUAUAUUGUUUACAUGGGAACACAUUCGCAUGGUCUGAACCCUUCCUCAGAUGAUCUUGAAAGGGCCACAAAUUCUCAUCACAACCUUCUUGGAUCAUACUUAGGAAGUGAGGAAAAAGCCAAAGAUGCCAUCUUUUACUCGUAUAAUAAAUAUAUUAAUGGAUUUGCUGCAAUUCUUGAUGAGGCAGAAGCUGCAGAAAUUCAAAAGCAUCCAGAUGUGGUAUCAAUUUUCUUGAGCAAAGGAGUGAAAUUGCACACGACUCGUUCAUGGGAAUUUCUUAGAUUGGAAGGAAAUGACGAAGUCGUUGCUUCUCAAUCUAUUUGGACCAAAGCACGCUUUGGUGAAGAUGUAAUUAUUGGAAAUUUGGACGGUGGUGUUUGGCCUGAAUCAAAAAGCUUUAGCGAGUAUGAAGGGAUUGGGCCUAUUCCAUCAAAGUGGCGUGGAAGUUGUCAACCAGUCAUUGAUGAUAAAAUCCAUUGUAAUAGGAAGCUGAUAGGAGCAAAGUACUUUAAUAAAGGUUAUCUUGCAUAUCUAAAGACCGUCAACGCCUCUACACUCAACAAAAACUUUUUCACUAGUCGGGAUGACUAUAAUGGGCAUGGGACUCAUACUCUUUCCACAGCUGGGGGAAGCUUUGUCCCUGGUGCAAAUAUAUUUGGCAAUGCAAACGGCACUGCAAAGGGUGGCUCUCCCAAAGCCCGCGUCGCCGCUUACAAAGUUUGUUGGACUCCAAUCAAUGGCAUACCGUGCGUUGAUGCUGACAUUAUGGCAGGAUUUGACGAGGCAAUAAGUGAUGGUGUUGACGUGCUUUCCAUCUCUCUUGGUGGUGCCCCUCAAGAAUUUUUUGAGGACGCAAUCUCAAUUGGGGGUUUUCAUGCUAUUAUGAAUAAUAUUGUUGUGGUUGUCUCAGCUGGCAACAAUGGACCUGAUCCUGAGACUGUGAGUAAAGUGUCACCGUGGUUAUUAACUGUGGCAGCUAGUACAAUCGACCGUGACUUCAAUAGUUAUGUAACUCUUGGAAACAAGAAGCAACUUAAGGGAUCAAGCCUUUCCUCAAGUAGCUUGCCAUCUAAAAAAUUUUAUCCGUUGAUCAGCGGGUCAAAAGCUGCUAAAGUAGAUCCUUUAUCUGCUCAAAAAUGUUUGCCGAAAAGCCUUGAUCCAAAGAAAGUAAAGGGGAAGAUCUUGAUUUGUUAUGUUGGGGAUGGAAGUUCACCCCUUGAAAAGGGUCACCAAGCUUUUAUUGCGGGUGCUGUAGGAGUGGUUCUAAUUAAUGAUAUCUUGCUUAAUGACAAUGAUCCCGAUCCUCAUCUUCUUCCUUCAUCUCAUCUCAAUGGCACUCAAGGAAAAUUUGUAUACGAGUAUCUCAACAGUACUAGAAACCCUAAAGCUUACAUAACUCGGGCAAAAACUGAAGUAGAAGUAAAGCCAUCCCCAAUCAUGGCUUCAUUUUCAUCCAGAGGACCUAAUGUCAUUGAGCCAGCUUUGCUCAAGCCGGAUGUCACAGCACCAGGAGUGAAUAUUCUUGCAGCGUUUCCUGAAGCUUUCGGCCCAAGUGAUCAACUACCAUUUGACAAACGUCGGGUCCCAUUUAACAUAAUGUCAGGAACUUCAAUGGCAUGUCCUCAUGUUUCAGGGAUUGUUGGUCUUCUCAAAACCCUUCACCCAAAUUGGAGUCCUGCCAUCAUUCAUUCGGCGAUCAUGACAACAGCUAGAAUACAAGAUAGCAACAAGGGACCACUGUUGGACUGGAAUAGAAAAAAAGCAACACCUUUUCAAUAUGGUUCAGGCCAUAUCCAACCAAAUCGAGCAAUGGACCCUGGGCUUGUCUAUGACACAACUAUUGAUGAUUAUUUAAACUUUUUAUGUGCUCACGGCUAUGAUGAAACAAUGCUGAAAACAUUUACCAAGAAGCCAUAUAAAUGCCCCACCUCAUUCAAUAUGGCCAACUUCAACUACCCUUCGAUUGUGAUUACCAAUCUUAGUUCACCGUCUGUGAUAGUUACUAGAAUAAUUAAGAAUGUUGGUGCCCCAGGCACUUACAAGGCAUAUGUAAGGGCCCCAAUUGGAGUUUCUAUUUAUGUUAAACCUACCAGCUUGACUUUUGGCAAAAUUGGUGAGGAAAAGAAAUUUGAGAUUAUUUUGAAGCCAAAGGUUGCCAAGAAGACUGAAAACUAUGUGUUUGGACAACUUAAAUGGUCAGAUGGGAAACACUAUGUCCGGAGUCCUAUAGUAGUCAAGUACUAGAAGAUAUAUAAUAAAGUAGUAUAACUUAAUAUCAUGUACAAUAUUUUGAAGAUUAGAUACAAGGGUAUUUAUAUUUAUAAUACAUGUUUUUUUUGUCAUUUUCGUUUUAUGUAAUAUUAUUGAAGACUGAAAAGUUCUUUCAGUAAUAAAAAAGUUAG